GCAUGAAUGAAAGUAAGCGCUCAGUAAAUACAACUGAAUGAGAAAGACCUUCUAAGAUAAACUCAAAAAAAGAGUAUUCAGGAGGGGGAUUGAGGUACUAAACCCAUGCCAGGGUGCAGAGAGGGUCUUGAAGGGCAGACCUGCUGCUUCCAGGCGAGGGUUAAAUGGAUGACCUGUCUCACAGGUGCCACCAUUCUGAGGUUCUACCCACUAGAUGACUUGCAUUGCACUCAGCAAGUGGAAUCCACUGCUUUUUCUGAGGGAGCCCGACCAGGCGAGAAGGAGAAGGAGCCCGUUCCAGCGGCGGAGGUGAUCCAGGCCGUGGUUUCCCUGUCGCCCGGUCGGCACUUUGGUCUUCUUCUGCCCCGCCCACAAGUAGCGAGGCCACGCCCACAACCUCGAGGCCACGCCCCCCCCCAGCUCCGCUCCGCCCCCUAUCGGGGGCUUCCGGGAGCGGCGGCGGCCGAGCAGGAGCAGGACCGGCCCUGUCGUGUCCAGCCGAUGGAGGUGCCCGCAGCAGGAGACGCGACCGCAUCCCCCGUCAUGGGCCACUACCGCAUCCGACAGUUCCGGGAGGGCGACGGAGAGGCCGUGCGGGAUCUCUUCUCCAGCGGAAUAACGGAGCACGCCCCUGCCUCCUUCUGGCACCUGGUCACCCUUCCCCGGACUGGACUGUUCCUCCUGGCGGUGUCCCUCUCCCUGUUCGCGGCUACGGGCUCCAUCCCCCUGGUCCUCGCGGCUCCGCCCGUCCUGCUGACCGCCCUCUGGGAGUUCCUGAAAAGACCCUGGCGGGACUACGUGGAGAACGCCCUUCGCACCGACCUGAAGGACAUCCGCCGGUCCUACCUGGAGGCGGACGGCUGCGGCUUCUGGGUGGCGGAGUCGGCCGGACGCGUGGUGGGCCUGGUGGCUGCCCGGCCCGCGCCGGACCCGUCCGGGGGGAAGCGGAUGCAGCUGCUCCGCAUGUCCGUGGCGAAGGAUCAGCGGGGUCGGGGCAUCGCCCAGGCCCUGGUCCGGACCGUGUUGCGGUUUGCCCGGGAUCGGGGCUGCGACGCCGUCCUCCUCAACACCACUUGCGUGCAGUACGCGGCCCAGAAGCUCUACGAGAGCAUGGGCUUCCGAAAGAUGUCCGAGGAGAUCCCGUCCCUCAGCUGGAGGGUGACCGGCCUCUGCGUCUUUAAGUACAGCUAUCCCCUUCUCCCGUCUCCCUGACUCCCUGUCUGAUGAGACCUCUCCUCAGCAGAUGGAGGAAGCGGCGAUGAUAGCGGCCGAAGAAUAUGUCUGUUUAGUCUUCUGUCCUCCUCUUCUAUGCCCUUAGUCCAGUUCUCAGCACACUAUUCAGCGUUUAAUAAAUAUGCUUGAAUGAUAAUUAUAA